CAUUUUUCGUCCAGUGGCACCGGUGUAUCAACACCAUUCAAGCUGCAGCUGUCGCUUGUACGAGGGCCUGCCGGUUCACUUAAACCCGUCUUUUACGAAUCCACUGCUGAGUUUCCGAUAUGGGUAAUCGGGAUGAUUUAGUAUAUCAAGCUAAGCUUGCUGAACAAGCGGAGAGAUACGACGAAAUGGUUGACUCCAUGAAAAAGGUGGCUGGAAUGGACGUUGAGCUCACAGUUGAAGAGCGGAACCUGCUAUCAGUGGCGUACAAGAAUGUUAUUGGUGCAAGAAGAGCUUCCUGGAGAAUAAUUAGUAGUAUUGAGCAGAAAGAAGAAAGUAAGGGUGGAGAAGAUAAAUUGAAAAUGAUCCGGGAGUACAGGCAAACGGUUGAGACUGAGCUGAAGUCAAUUUGCAAUGACAUCCUGGAUGUUUUGGAUAAGCACCUAAUUCCAGCUGCUAAUUCAGGAGAGUCCAAGGUCUUCUACUACAAAAUGAAGGGUGAUUACCACAGGUAUCUCGCUGAGUUUGCCACCGGAAAUGACAGGAAGGAGGCUGCAGAAAAUAGUUUGGUCGCUUACAAAGCUGCUAGUGAUAUUGCAAUGACAGACCUUCAGCCUACGCACCCCAUUCGCUUAGGACUUGCUCUUAACUUCUCUGUAUUCUACUAUGAAAUCCUCAAUUCUCCUGACCGUGCUUGCAGGUUGGCAAAGGCAGCAUUUGAUGAUGCAAUUGCUGAGCUGGACACAUUGAGUGAAGAAAGCUACAAGGACUCCACACUCAUCAUGCAGUUGUUACGUGAUAAUUUGACACUAUGGACUUCAGAUAUGCAGGGAGAUGAUUCCUAAAGGAAAAUAUGUUAAUUGCCCACAAACUGUAUUUGUGAGGAACAGAAUAAAGAGGCUCUGCAAGAUGUGGAGGAUGAGCAGCAGUGAGACAUCACAGCCAAUAUGAGACUCCGCCCCACUUCACCCCAUCCCAAACCCCCACUCAUAAAGGUAGCCACCAAGCCCAACCUCAAGAGUGACACUCAACAGCUUAAUGCCUCCAGGUUUUUUGUUUGUCCCCCCCCCCCCCCCGUCAUUUUU